AUGACGGAAUGGUUUACAAUUCUUGCUAUUGUUUUACUUAUUAUUUUAAUGGUUGUAUUGGGCGUUCUGCUUGCAUGUAUGUUAGCAGGCCAACGUUGCACAAUAUCAGUUCAAAAACGCACUCCAAAUCCUGAAUUAACUCGAAUUCAACUAGAAAAAGAACUUAAAAAACAAAAAAAAUUCAGUUCCAAAGUCAAACGAGCAUUGGAUCCCUCAUCGAAAGUUGAACAACCUCUAGCACCUGUUGAAGAUGUUAAAACAGUUGAAUUAACAUUUAAAUUAGGUAAGAAUGAAAAUGAUGCCCAACAAAUAACAACAAUUAGUGAGCCAACAGCAGAUCUUCUACCUGUACAACGUAUUAGUGAAGCAGAGCGUAAAGCGCGCGAGAAAAAACGCGAACAAAUUAGAAAAAAAUAUAAUAUUUAA